GUCUUUUCGUGAAAUCUCGAAAAACAACAAAUAUUCGAUAACUUAUAUAUAUAUAAACCUUUUGUCUUUUAACAUAAGUUAAGACAUCGCUCUGUUAUCUGUUGAAUAUUUGGGAAAUCGCUUAAGUAAUUUUUUAUUUUUUGAAACUAGCGAUAACCCCCUGGAUUUUUACUGGUUCUCUAUGCAGUUUCAUGCAUAUAGCAAAACGGGAUUUUAGUGUAAAAUAAAUUUGGUGAAUGCAACAUGAAGUUUGUGAAUAUUUUUCAAAAUACAGGCACGCAGAUUUUGGCUGCGGCAACAGGUACCUUAGUGGCUGCCUCAGAUGGAAUGUCUUUUGGAUGGACCUCACCCAUGGUGCCUUACCUUCUAAGUAAUGAAACUCACAUACAAACUACAGAAGAACAGGCAGAAUGGUUAGAAACAACGUCUCUAGUUGGUGCUUUCUGCGGACUUCCUUUUACGAUAUACUUCGUAGACAAAAUAGGAAGGAAAAAAUCCUUACUUUUAGCUGCUGUUGUAGUGCUAUUGAACUGGUUGGCCAUUGGACUGGGUGAUAGGAUUGAAUAUAUUUUUGUAGCCCGAUUUUUCGCCGGUAUGGCAGGCGACAUGUCAUUCGUGGCAGCCCCAAUGUACAUAGCAGAAAUAGCCGACUCCAAAAUCAGAGGAUUCCUAUCGUCAAUCAUUUACAUUAUGAUGCUUCUAGGAUUAAUUUUGGUUUAUAUCCUGGGCCCAUAUGCCCCCUUUUAUGCUAUACCUGUUGCUGGAGCAAUAUUAGCAAGCGUACAGUUGCUAAUUUUCACUUUCCAGCCUGAGAGCCCUUAUUAUUUGAUCUAUAAAAACAAGCCUGAAAAAGCAAAGGAAUCUUUGAGGAGGCUCAGGGCACCAGGGGCAGACUUGGAUAAGGAAAUGAAGGAGAUUUCAGCUGGGAUUGAACGGCAGAAAAAGGAAAAGGGAAGGCCGCAGGAUUUGUUUUUGGUCCGCAGCAACCGCAAGGCUAUUUUCAUUAUGGCUGUUUUAAAUGUUGGUCAACACAUGGCUUGCAUCAGCGUAAUGUACAUGAACCUCCACCCCAUCCUCAACGCAGCUGGCUCCAUCUACCUAGACAACAACAUAACUGCCAUAGUAUUCGCAAUUAUAAUGCUUCUAGCCUCCCUUUUCUCCUCUUGUACCAUAGAUAAAUUCGGUAGAAAGAAAAUCCUUAUUGUAUCAAGCACAUUAUCCACCAUCUGCCUAUUGGCACUUUCAGUAUAUUUCCAUUUGCAAUAUUUAGGCUAUGACGUGACUGGAGUAAGUUGGAUCCCUAUUGCGUCUGUUUUGGUAUAUGCUGCAGCAUUUAAGUAUGGAUUGGGGUUGGUGCCGAUAGUUAUUACAGCAGAAAUCUUUCCCGCUAAAAUGAAGGCCAUCGGUAUGACUGUGGCUGACGUGAUGUUUGUUAUUGGUGGAAUACUAUCGAUCCAGUGCUAUCAGAUUUUGCAUGAGUUUGGCAUGCAUGUUCCGUUUUAUUUAUUUAGUUUAUGUGCUCUGUUGGUCAGUCUUUAUUGCGGACUGUGCAUUCCUGAAACCAAAGGAAAGAGCUUGGAGGAGAUACAGUUAAUGCUUAAAGGAGAAAAAGUUAUUAGUAAGGAGGUGAAGGUUGCCGAUGCUGAAAAGGAAAAUAGAAUCUGUUGAUUGCAAGAAAGGAGAGGUUUAUGGCUACUAAGUUUUGUAUCGUGUCCACCCUAGGGUCGAAUGCGCAGAUAUUUAAUUCCAUUUGGAUAAUUUUGAUGAACGGUUGUAUUUUAAUCUGGUAAUGCAAUAUUGCAGAUUUGUAAAAUUCUAAAUAAACUGUUUGAAUGAUGA